GGCACAACCGUCGCACGACACCGGUCGGUCGACGAAGCGUGGUCGGGACGAGAGCCCCGGAGAAGCAGACGAAUGAGUCGAUCGCGAGAGGAUUAAAAACGUGAGAACACACGAUGCGCCGCCGCGGAAGACGACGACGUCCAGCUGAUUGUUCGUAAACGAUCGGUGGAAGAAAACCCAAGGGGAAUAAUAUAGUCACGCGUAUUUCGACGGAAAUAGAGAAAGACAAAAGGAAAGCAUAAAAACACGUUCCCGUACGUGAUCGUCGUCGGCUUACCAGGAGAAAAAGAAGCCCACAGGAUCAUGAACGUCCGACGGUUGCCCGGUUUCAUGUACCACUACAAGGUGGUCACGCUGUUCGUGCUUUCGAUACUCCUUCUGGUCGUCUACUUGCUCCUCCACUGGGGUAUUAUGUGCACGAAUCUCGAAGCCUGGCGGCACGUAUCCAACGUGUGCAGCACGCACAGAAAAGGAGCUGCAAUAGGAAUUCUAUGCGACCCGCUAUGCGCAGAAAGAGGCAUUCAUUCGCUCGCGUGCGAAACGCUGCAUGCUGGCAAAGAAGCGGUAUUCUCUGCACACUGGGAAGCGACACGGCUAGUAUUCAAAGCCUCGAGAACGAAGACCCCGGCUGAGCAGUACGAGUCGCUCUACUGGAUAGACGCGUCCGGCAUAAAACACUUCCCUACCGAAGAGGACUUCAGCAACAUGAUCAAAGAUCUGGUCGUUAGCAAACUGAACGUGACGCUGUCGGGGCAUCAAUUAGAAAGGCUAGCGCGACUUCGAACGCACCGUAUCGAGACCGAGCCAACCAGGCGACAGCUCGAGAUGGAGAAUCUUUGGCCGUUGCUGCAGGAGAACGAGUACCUGAUGAGCAUCCUCUACGAGGACAGGGAUAUUUUUCCACAGCUGAUUGGCACAUGCGGGACAUUCUACGCGGUCGAAUAUGUCCGACCGAUAGAAACACCCACGACGGUGCUGGCCCUAUCCGACUCGAAACCGGAAUGGGCGAAACGGUUGAAGCUCGCGGUGAUGAUACUGGACCUGCUCGAGGAGCUCGACACCAAUUUCCCUGAACCGAUACAUCUGUGCGACGUGAAGAUAAACCACUUCGGUUUACCCCUAGGCGGACAGAAGCUCAAGUUUCUCGACCUGGACGCUGUCUACCCUAAAACGUUUAUCAGCCGUAUCACGUCGGACAAGAGGAGCUGCGUGAAACACGAGGACUGCGACUACUUCGACUGCAGGUCGGUCUGUUCGAAGAACAAGCGUUGCGAGUCGCCGGUACUGAACAAUAACUUACAGAUCGUAUGCGAGAAGAUAUUCCUCGGCUGGACUCUCUCAGGGACUAUCAUAAUACCUGGACUACUUAUGUCGGAGCACACCACCAGCACGUUGGCAGUACUGUUACGGCAAUGCGCGAAUCCAGCCGGUGACAUCGAGCACUUGCCUCGCGCCGCUGUGCCAGAUAGCUUAAAAACGCGGUUAUAUAAUAUGCUGCACGAAAUGGAACAGGAAGUUGCUGCUUCUGUGUAGUUAUUAUUUCGUUGGGAUUCUUUCAACCGAAACCCACAAUCAGUGGCUGA